AACGAUUUUUUGACAGCUGGCUCGAGAACAUCAACAAACAGUGCAAAUUUGCAAUCCUUGCUGGAAAAGUUGAAACAGUUGCAUUUUUCGAUUCUUCAAGUUUAUUCCUCAUAAUCCACGCAUCAAUCUCAGCACCGCGAGUGUGUUUUUCCCCGUUGGCCCUCCACGGCAUCUGCAGCCGCCGCCGCCGCCACCACCUUCAGCAAUGGUCAAUGUUAUGAAAGGAGUGCUCGUUGAAUGUGACCCGGCUAUGAAACAAUUCCUGCUGCACCUAGACGAAACACAAUCGCUCGGCCGCAAGUUUAUCAUUCAGGAUCUGGACGAACGGCACCUGUUCAUCUCGACGGACAUCAUCGAGACGCUGCAGGCCCGGGUGGACGACUUGAUGGACCGGAUCAGCGUUUCGCUGCACGAGAAGGAAGCCUAAGCGAGUUCGAACGAAACAAAAA